GUAUCACAUCCGGCGGUGGUUUUUGAGUGCCAGAGGUGCGGCGCACAAUUAGCCCAGCUUCGUCAGGGUUUGGCCGUCAUUGUAAAAAAACAAUUUGUUCUUAACGGACUUACCUAGUUAAGUAGAGGUUAAAUAAAACAAAACAUUUAAAACAAUACUCUGGUCUCUGUUGUCAGGAACUUGAGAGAAACACAGCGAGGACGGUUUGGUUUCCACUAGUUACCACAACUACAAAGUGUAAAAUAAAAAAAAUCGUCAAAAAUGUAUAUUAACAAAAAAUAGCUUUUUGGUCUUAAAUUAUGGUUAAAGUUAAGCAUAAGGUUAACAUUGUGCUUAUGGUCAGGUUUCAAAUCUAAUUUUAAGAAGCUACAUUUAAGAAAAGGGCGGAGUUUAUAACUCUGUGGCUGUGGUAACUGGUGACGACCGACGACUGAGACAACAAUAACACAAGUCAGGUUCAAGUCUGACUUUUACUUCGGAUUCAACCUAUUCUGACAAGCCAACGCCGACAACAUCGGCGAAUGUGUGCUUUCUUUCUCAUGUCGAUUGAUGGGUGACACGCGUCGAAUAGUAAGUAGGUGCUACAGCCUGACUACCCAUACUGCCCUGGUCCCCAGUGUCAGCCUGACUACCCAUACUGCCCUGGUCCCCAGUGUCAGCCUGACUACCCAUACUGCCCUAGUCCCCAGUGUCGCCUGAGUCUUUCCCCCACACUAUGGAUCUCAACCUUGGGUAGAGCAGUCCUACACACCCCUGGAGAAACAUUCCACCCUCUCUCCUUUCCUCCCUCUUCCCUCUCCCCUGUCUCUGUCCUUCUCUCUCCUUGUCUCCUCCUCUCCUCCUCCUGUCCCUCUCCAUCCCUCUCUCCUCUCUUGUCUCCCUCUUCCCCCUGUGUGUGAUGAUGGCUGAUGGUACAGAGUCUCUACAGGCCAGUGUAAACUCCUACUGGGCAGCUUCUCCCAUCCACGCCUCCGCUAUGUCCGACGAGGAGACCGAGGGACAGGACACUGAUGAGAUAGACAGGGCCCCUCUCCUGCCCAAGCAGCAACAUGCAGGACCCCCGGGGGCCACGGGGCGGCCCCUAGCCUCCCGCCACUGUCCAGAGGACUCCUACUGUAUGGUGUACAUGAUCUUCUUCCUGUUGGGCAUCGGCUCUCUGCUCCCCUGGAACUUCUUCAUCACAGCGAAACACUACUGGACCUACAAGCUGAGCAAUAAUACUGACGGGCACGGAGAGGAGCCGCGCUCAGACCUUAGUGAGUACUUUGAGAGCUAUCUGGCCAUCGCCUCGACAGUGCCUUCGGUCCUCUGUCUGGUCCUCAACUACCUACUAGUUAACAGGUUGUCCCCAGCGGUGCGUAUCCUGUCGUCUCUGCUCAUCAUCUUGGCUGUGUUCAUAGUGACCACGGUCAUGGUCAAGGUGGAUUCCUCUGGUUGUAGAGAGCAGUUCUUCUUUGGGACUUUAGCCAGUGUUGCUAUGGUCAGUGGGGCGUCCAACCUCUUCUCUGGUUCAGUGUUCGGGAUCAGUGGGCAUUUUCCCAUGAGGAUAUCACAGGCACUCAUAUCAGGCCAGGCUAUGGGUGGUACUAUCAGUGCAGUAGCCUCCAUAGUGGACUUGGCAGCAGCUAAAGAUGUGACUGACAGCGCUCUAGCUUACUUCCUGACGGCUGAUGUCUUCAUCCUUUUCUGUAUCCUCAUGUACCUGCUGCUGCCUAAGCUGGAUUACUCACGGCACUACAUGCUGGCAGCAGAGUACAACAAGUCAGGGUCUAUACCAGAGCCCCGCGGUGAGGCGGACGGCCCGGAGGGGGCACCAGCGAGCACGGUCUCCUACGUGUCCAUCCCUCCUCUGAAACCCAUCCUUCAGCAGACAUGGCUCCUGGGUCUCUGUGUCUUCUACGUCUUCUUCAUCUCUAUAAUGGUGUUCCCUGGCGUCUCCUCUGGGAUCCAGUCUGUUAACCAGAAGAGUGGCAGCCCCUGGACAACAACAUACUUCACCCCCAUCACCAGCUUCUUCCUCUACAACGUGGCUGACUUCUGUGGUCGUCAGGCCACGGCCUGGCUGCAGGUCCCAGGCCCCACCAGUAGAGUCCUCCCCGCCCUGGUCCUCUCCCGGACAGUCCUGGUGCCUCUCCUCAUGUUCUGCAACUACCAGCCCAGAGACCACCUUCACACAGUCCUCUUCAGCCACGACCUCUUCCCUGUCUUCUUCAUCUGUCUCCUGGGCAUCACCAACGGGUACCUGGGCACCCUGCCCAUGAUCUACGGACCCAAGGUGGUGCCACGGGACCUGGCAGAGCCCGCAGGCGUGGUCAUGAGCUUCUUCCUGACGUUGGGACUGGCUGUGGGAUCGGCCUUCUCUGUGUUGAUAGUACACUUCAUCUGAAGAGGAGGAGGAGACAGGAGGAGGAGGAGACGGGAGGAGACGGGAGGAGGAGGAAGGAGGAGGAGACGGGAGGAGGAGGAGACGGGAGGAGGAGGAGACGGGAGGAGGAAGAUGGCAAAUCCAGACUGACUUCUCCAACAAACUUGGUCUCCAUGCAGAAUCCGACAUUUGUCCAUAAACGUCAAAUUGCAAAGGUUAAGUUUAAGCAUUUACUCUGAAUGGUUAAAGUUUGGGAUUAGGGUUUUUUUUUUAAAUAAAGUAUUGGGAUUGAACUCAUGACCCUCUGUGUCGAAACUCACGGCAUACGCCAUCCGCCAUCCCAGUCCACAACGGCCUACUUGACGGUUGUUCCACACACGCCUACUUGACGGUUGUUCCACAACGGCCUACUUGACUGUUGUUCCACAACGCCCUACACUCACCGUUGUUCCACAACGCCCUACACUCACCGUUGUUCCACAACGCCCUACACUCACCGUUGUUCCACAACGCCCUACACUCACCGUUGUUCCACAACGCCCUACACUCACCGUUGUUCCACAACGCCCUACACUCACCGUUGUUCCACAACGCCCUACACUCACCGUUGUUCCACAACGCCCUACACUCACCGUUGUUCCACAACGCCCUACACUCACCGUUGUUCCUACUGGCACGUUUUGAAGUCAUCUCCCGACGUCCUGCUUGCCUUGGACGGACGUCGAAUUUCACAGUUGAUCUUGGGCGACCUGGCUGGACUUCUCUGUCCUCAUAGUCCACUGUAUCUGAGGAGGAGUAAAGGCCUAGAUUCCAUCUUCUCUGUCCUCAUAGUCCACUGUAUCUGAGGAGGAGUAAAGGCCUAGAUUCCAUCUUCUCUGUCCUCAUAGUCCACUGUAUCUGAGGAGGAGUAAAGGCCUAGAUUCCAUCUUCUCUGUCCUCAUAGUCCACUGUAUCUGAGGAGGAGUAAAGGCCUAGAUUCCAUCUUCUCUGUCCUCAUAGUCCACUGUAUCUGAGGAGGAGUAAAGGCCUAGAUUCCAUCUUCUCUGUCCUCAGUCCACUGUAUCUGAGGAGGAGUAAAGGCCUAGAUUCCAUCUUCUCUGUCCUCAUAGUCCACUGUAUCUGAGGAGGAGUAAAGGCCUAGAUUCCAUCUUCUCUGUCCUCAUAGUCCACUGUAUCUGAGGAGGAGUAAAGGCCUAGAUUCCAUCUUCUCUGUCCUCAUAGUCCACUGUAUCUGAGGAGGAGUAAAGGCCUAGAUUCCAUCUUCUCUGUCCUCAUAGUCCACUGUAUCUGAGGAGGAGUAAAGGCCUAGAUUCCAUCUUCUCUGUCCUCAUAGUCCACUGUAUCUGAGGAGGAGUAAAGGCCUAGAUUCCAUCUUCUCUGUCCUCAUAGUCCACUGUAUCUGAGGAGGAGUAAAGGCCUAGAUCCCAUCUUCUCUGUCCUCAUAGUCCACUGUAUCUGAGGAGGAGUAAAGGCCUAGAUUCCAUCUUCUCUGUCCUCAUAGUCCACUGUAUCUGAGGAGGAGUAAAGGUCUAGAUUCCAUCUUCUCUGUCCUCAUAGUCCACUGUAUCUGAGGAGGAGUAAAGGCCUAGAUUCCAUCUUCUCUGUCCUCAUAGUCCACUGUAUCUGAGGAGGAGUAAAGGCCUAGAUUCCAUCUUCUCUGUCCUCAUAGUCCACUGUAUCUGAGGAGGAGUAAAGGCCUAGAUCCCAUCUUCUCUGUCCUCAUAGUCCACUGUAUCUGAGGAGGAGUAAAGGCCUAGAUUCCAUCUUCUCUGUCCUCAUAGUCCACUGUAUCUGAGGAGGAGUAAAGGUCUAGAUUCCAUCUUCUCUGUCCUCAUAGUCCACUGUAUCUGAGGAGGAGUAAAGGCCUAGAUUCCAUCUUCUCUGUCCUCAUAGUCCACUGUAUCUGAGGAGGAGUAAAGGCCUAGAUCCCAUCUUCUCUGUCCUCAUAGUCCACUGUAUCUGAGGAGGAGUAAAGGCCUAGAUUCCAUCUUCUCUGUCCUCAUAGUCCACUGUAUCUGAGGAGGAGUAAAGGUCUAGAUUCCAUCUUCUCUGUCCUCAUAGUCCACUGUAUCUGAGGAGGAGUAAAGGCCUAGAUUCCAUCUUCUCUGUCCUCAUAGUCCACUGUAUCUGAGGAGGAGUAAGGCCUAAGAUUCCAUCAGAUAAAGCGAUAGCUGACACCCACGUAAAUGUAUGGAUUUUAUUUGAAAUGAUUUGACUAAAGGCAUCACACAGUUGGUUCGGUCCUCUCCGUGUAUUAUAACGAGUCAUCUACAUUUCCUGUCUUGAUGGUUUCAUAAUAAAUGGUUUUGCAGUAA